AUGAGCGUUUCGAAGUACGUUUUGCCGAAAUCAAUGAAAUCGCUACAGCGAUUCUCAAGUAGGUUCAAGACCACCAGAUCGGAAGUGUGGACUAUAAGUUCAGACGAAUCGGCGUAUUCCGAUGACGAUGUAAAAGUGAAUCCAGUAAGUCAUCGAGGAAGAUUUAAACAUCACAUGAGACGCAUGGCCAAUCCGCACUUCGAUAUGCUCUAUUGUAACGAAUCUGAAACAGAUAUGAUAAAAUGGAAAUCUAAAUACAAACAGAAGACCUUUGAGGUCUCAGCAUCCGACGAAUUCAGUAAGAAAGCUGAAAUAAUUACCAAACAGAUUUCCAAAGAUUUUUACGAUUGGUGGGUUUCCCUUGGCAUCGUGGAAUUCAAAAGCGAAAUUAAACGUCCAGAAGACAUUGAAGAUCUAUUCCAGGUUUGGUUUGAUGAACACGCAUCUCGAGGCCUUGUAUUGGAUCCGAAGAUUCUACCAUGUGUCCUGCAAAGCAUCGCUAAUUACGUUGGCGUACCACACGCGUCAUGUCCACGAGUUCUUAAGAGGCAAAUAGCUCAUGACAUACAUGCCGAGACCAGUCCUGCUCACACGACAGCCUUCAAUACUUGCUUGCCACAAAAGAUGAAACAUGUACCGCCGAGAAAUAACACCAAGGAAAUAUGGCACAGUCUCGAGAUUCCCGAGGAUCUACGUUCAAUGGCUUGCGUUUGGGAGGACAUUCAGCAUCUCACGUCUACAAAGGCAUUCCAGAACUGGCUGCAGCAGCAUCCGCAUCUGCCGAUGCCCCCAUGUUUGAAGCAGGAAGAGACAGCUGGAGAAAAGAAACAACUAUUCGUGGUACCGUCCGAUUACGUCAUCAAAGACAGGAGUACUUCCUCAUCGGCUCAAGAGCUGGCCCUUCCGGUUUCACAAUUCGAUCUCGAGCUAAAGGAAGUGUUGAGUAAACUACUUAAUCAGUAAAUAUAAAACGUUAAUAAAUGAUAUCUGUUAUGUUUGUUAGCUUAGAUUUUUUUAUGCAUUAAAUAUUUUGCUAUAUUAUGGAUAUUAUUUCCAAUUUGCAUUUCAUU